AUGUCACAACAAAACAAUACUCAUUCCCCUCCGAAUAAUAGAUUUAAUAAUAAUAAUAAUAACAAAAAUAGCUUUCCUAACAAGUUAAAUAAUAACAACAACAACAACAACCCAUCAAACAACAAUCAAUAUGUUCAACAAUCACAACAACAACAACCAAUCAUUUUCAACACCAACUCUAUUGAUGUUGAAAAUGACAAUGAAGCAAUGUCUCAUCCAAAAGCAACUUUACUAAGGGAAGGAACAACCUCUAACAAGUUGGCCUUCCCAGGCUCUUUCCAGUCAAAGAGUCCUCAUCAACCAAUCAUCAUCAACAAAGCUAAACUAAAUGAUAUUCAGAUAGAGUUUGGUACAGCUUUGGAUAGUAGUGAUGAUGAUGAUGGCGACAUGAAAAUGUCAUCUUCAUCAUCAUCUUCAUCAACAUCAACAAUAUCAACCACUUUUAACAAUAACAAUAACAAAUACAACAAACAAAAACCAUCUAAACCUCCUUCAUCCUCAUCAUCUUUCAAUAAUAAGCAAUCUUUUAAAAAAGAUGAUAACUUUAAAAGAAAUGAUGGUUACAAACAACAACAACAACAACAACAACAACAACAACAAUCAUCAUAUGUAAAACAACCAUACCAAAAGAAUCCUACAUUCAACAACAACAAACCAUCCUAUGGAAAUAAUAAUAAUAAUAAUAAUAAUAAUGUUAAUCCAAAAGAUUGGAAUACUGAAAAGGUGAUAUCUUGGUUAUCAUCAAUCGGAUUAGAAGAUGCAGUUCCAUUAUUUAGAGAAAAUGAUAUCACGGGACAAUCAUUGUUUGCCAUCAAUCCAUCUUUUUAUGGUGAACUUGGUAUUUCAAAGAUUGGUCCUAAAGCCAUUUUCGAAAAUGAAUUAAACAAGUUGAAAGAAUCAGCUGCAUCUUUUUCAUUAUCAUCAUCAUCAUCCUCCUCUUCUUCUUUCAACAACAACAGAUCACAACAACAUAGACAACCAACAAGAGAUUUAUCAGUUGAUUAUAAACCAUUCCCAAAUACCAAAACAAUGGAUAUCUAUUUGAAAAAUCAAUUGGAUCAAUUGGAUGCCAAGCAAGAUGUAGUAUCUACCUUGAAAUCACCAAUGAAUCAAGCCAAGUUGAAUGAUAUUCUAUCUAGAUUCAAUUUAGAAGAUUCAACAGUUAGUUUUGUGAUCAAGUUAUUUGCCCAUGAAUCAUUACUUGGUAGUCUAUUGGAAGUAGAGGUCAACACCUUAUACCUCAUGCUCAAAGACUCUAAUUUUCUUGGUCAUUUUUCAAACUUGCCAAGUUUUAUUAAAAAAGAUCAAGUUAAAACAAAAUUGUUACUUCAAAAACAACUUUCAACUAUCUUUGUUCAACUUUCUGAAAGAUUUACAACUGGUAUUAAAUCAAUACCAUUAGAAUUAUUUGUUGAUAUUGUAGAUAAUUCAACAUUUUCAAAGAAUGAACAUAUUCAAAAUGCUCUGACUAAAUUGAAACAAAAGAAGAUUAUGAUUAAUGAAAUGGGAAGAUCAAGAGAAUACAACCAACACAAUCACAAUCUUCCACCUCAUUUAGCAAUGGAUCAAUCUGGAAAUCCAAUAAUUGGAUCGUCUUACAAGUAUCAGACACUUCCAAUUAUUCCAUUGUCAAGUGAGAUUUCUCAAUCUAAAAAGCUUCCUGAACAUCUUCAAGCCAUCAAAGUUGGUAAAUACUCUAGUUUGGAGGAAUAUAUCGAUGUUCAAUUCUGUCUCUUGCGUGAAGAUAUGAUUCAUCCAAUGAGAGAAGCUUUGAAUGAUGAAAUUGAUAAUCCAAAACAAAGUAGAUAUCUUUAUAGAAAUGCUAGUUUUAAGUCAUUAUCAUGUACCUAUUCAGCAUUAUCUUUUACAGUAUCAUUUACACCAAAUAGAAAAUUGGUUUGGGAAAAACAAUCAAGAUUAUUAAAGGGAUCUUUGAUUGGAUUCUUUAAUGAAGAUUUUAAGAAUGUUAUUUGGGGUGUCAUUGAAGAUAGACCUAUUGAAGGUUCACUUGCAAAGUUGACAGUAUCAAUUCAAAAUGAUAUGACAGAUGAUAUGAUUCAAUAUUUAUUUGUACAUCAAUUUGAUAUGAUUGAAUCACCAGCUUAUUUUGAAUCUUACAAGAAUGUUUUAAUGUCACUUCAGAGAAUUAAAGAUACUCUUCCAUUUCAAAGAUACCUGCUCAAUUGUGAUACAGAGACACAACCACCAGCUUAUAUUCGUAGAAACCCCAACAUUGACUUUAGUUCAACAUUCCAAGACGUCGAACCUAGAGCUCACCAUAAUGUAACAGUUUCCUUCCCAACCGAACUUGACCAAUUGGAUGAAUAUCAACUCGAAGCCUUCAAACAUUGUCUUCGAUCAGAGAUCUCAUUAAUCCAGGGCCUCCCAGGCAGCGGUAAGACAUUUAUCGGUAGAAAGUUGUUUGAGCUAAUCUACAGACACACUCAAUCCAUCGAUCACGAGAAAAAGGUUCCAAUCCUUCUCGUAUGUUACACCAAUCAUGCUCUUGACCAAUUUUUAAUGGGUAUCUUGGGGGUCACUACCAAUGUCAUUAGAAUUGGUUCAAGAUCAAAGGAAAAGGAUCUAGAACAAUUCAACAUUAGAAACAAAAUCAAAAGAGAUACCUAUCAACUUCAAAGAUUUAAAGAAAGAGAUCAUUUAACCUUUUUAAUGAAAAAUAUUUUAAAUGAUAUUAUAAAACCAUUAAAUGAAGAUGAUAUAAAUGAAAUUGCAUUAUAUGAUCAUAGUGAAACUUUAUAUUAUCAAGGUAAAGAAUCAUGCAAGAAAUGGUUACAAUCGAUAAAGGAAAUCAUUUUUGAAGAAAACAAAAAGGAAUAUAAAAAGACACCAUCUAGAACACCGACUGAAAAGAAAAAGGUUCUUAGAGAUUGGGAUGUAUCAUCGACUAGUGAAGAUGAUGAUGAUAGUGACCAAGAAGAUGAAGAAGUGGUGGAAUCGUUGAUCAAAGAGAGAAAUAUGUUGUCUGCUGACGAUGACGAGGAAGAUGCCAACAAAUUGGAUAUUGAGAAAAUCGAUCUCAGUUAUCCAAUGUGGGUCAUGUCCCAACCAUCAAGUGAUUUUAGGGAACAGGAUAAUAUCAACUCUCUCAAUGUGGAGGAACGCAAGCUACUCUAUCGUCACUGGCAGCAAUGCAAGAUUGCAGUGCCGUUGGCACAGCUCAACGAGCUCAAAGACCGAUACAGUCUACUCACCAAGAUGAUCCUCGAGCAUGAAGACAAGGCAUAUGCCGAUGCAUUGGUCAAGGCUGAUGUGGUGGCUGCUACGACAACUGGUGCAUCCCGUCUUAAAAGAGUGAUGGAUGCUAUCAAGUCAAAGGUUGUCAUUAUCGAAGAAGCUGCCGAAGUACUUGAAUCACAUGUGAUAUCAAUUAUUCCACAAUCGAUUGAACAUCUUAUAAUGAUUGGUGAUCAUGAACAAUUGAAACCAACAAACUCUGUCUAUCAGUUGGCUAAAAAGUAUCAGUUGGAUUUGUCGCUCUUUGAACGUAUCAUUCGUAAUGGAAUGAACUACAAGACACUGUACACACAGAGACGUAUGGUACCAAACAUCUCUCAAAACAUUCUUGCCAUCUAUCCCAAGAUGCAAAACCAUCAUUCGGUCGUUGAAAGAGCCAAGCAACUCGGCAACACAUUGCGUGGUAUGCCGUCCAACAUACACUUUUUGGAUCAUCGAAAUCUCGAGUCAACCAAUGAACAUACUUCAAGUAAAUCAAAUGAAUUUGAAGCAGACUAUGUCAUUGGAUUGGCCGACUAUUUGGUGAAGCAAAAUUACAAGUCAUCAGACAUGGCAAUCUUGACACCCUACACUGGUCAACUACUUAAAAUUAGAGAAAAGAAGAGAUCGUUGGGUAACCCAGACUUGGACAAUCUGACUAUUAGAACCGUCGAUCAGUUCCAGGGUGAAGAGAAGGAUAUUAUUAUUCUUUCAUUGGUUAGAUCCAAUCCUGAAAAGAGUUCGGGUUUCCUUGCCAUUCGUAAUCGUAUCAAUGUCUCUCUUUCUCGUGCUCGUAAUGCACUCUAUAUGGUUGGUAACUCUCAACUAUUGGAAUCUGCCAACGACAUUUGGAGUACUAUUUUUGAAAACCUCAAAGACAAUGAGCAGAAACAAGACCAGUUUGGCAAUCAUCUCCGUCUACGUUGUGAGAAUCAUCAUGACACUGUCACCAUUAUCAAGCAAGGUUCAGACUUUAGAAAUGUACCGUGUGGUGGAUGCUUGCAGAGAUGUGACUAUCGAUUAGAGUGUACUCAUCAAUGCCCAAAGACAUGUCAUUUUGAUGAUCCCAAUCAUACCAUCGUCACAUGCAUCCAAACUUGUGAACGAGUACACCAAAAAUGUGGUCAUCAAUGCACGUUCCACUGCCACAUUAAUGAAUGUUCUCCAUGCACUGUUCAGGUGGACCGUAUACUUGCGUGUGGUCACAAGGUCAGGAUUGCAUGUUCUGUACCUGUAUCAUCGUACAUUUGUCAGGAACCGUGUCGAAAGAUGCGUCCAGACUGCGGACACGCAUGUACUGAUGUAUGUGGUAGAUCGUGUUUGGAGAAACGUUGCAAUGUCGAGGUGACACGAACCUAUCCUUGUGGACAUGACCACAAAAAGCCGUGUCAGAACAAAUCGACCGUUUGCAAGACCAAAUGCAAAACCAUCCUCGAUUGUGGACACACCUGUGGUCAGGCUUGCAACAACCAUGUCGAUGGGAAGCACCCAGUAUGCACAAAGUCUUGUGACAGAAUUCUAGUGUGUACUCACAAAUGCGAUCCACCCCAUCCGUGUAACCAAACGUGCAAACCAUGUGCCAAGAAGUGUUCCAACAAGUGCCCGCACUCGAAAUGCUCAAGACAAUGCUUUGCAGAGUGCAUCAAGUGCUCUGAAAAGUGCAAGCUUGUAGCAUGUGAGCAUCAAGCAGGAUGCACUAAAAAGUGUUCUGAAGUGUGUGACGCCAAACCAUGUGAAGUGCGUUGCACCAAACUAUUAAAGUGUAGACAUCAAUGUAUUGGAAUAUGUGGUAUGAAGUGUCCUACUCUUUGCAAGGUUUGUAGUCCUGACCACAAGGAUUCGAUCACUCUAAUGACUCUAUCCGAGUUUGAUGAUACCGAUACAUUUAUACAACUCGAUUGCAACCAUACAUUCCACACCGAGUCGCUUGAUCAGCACUUAAACUCGGUCAGCGAUGAUGGAGCCGUCACUCUCAAGAGAUGUCCUGAAUGCAACUUUGUCAUUUACUCGAGUAUCGUAAGAUACAAGGAUCUGUUGAACAAGCAAUGGGCCAAGAUUGAAAAGAUCAAGGAAAAACUUCGAAAUUAUAUCAGUCAAGAGGAAAUCGAUCGAGUAGUCAACCACACCGAAGGAUUCACAGCCGGACAUUGGUUCGAGUGUCCAAAAGGACAUCUCUAUUACAUUGGAGAGUGUGGUGGUGCCAUGGAAGUAUCCAAAUGCAAUGAAUGUGGUUCUGCCAUUGGAGGUACAAAUCACGCUCUCCUCUCUACCAACACACAUUCCAAUAUUGAUGGAUCACAAGGUCCCCAAUACAGAGCUGAUCAUGUCCCACCUGAAUUUAGAAAUGUUCAAUUCCAUUAA